GUUCUUCCCCAGAAAUUCACAUUUUCUUAUCCCCACUCCCCAACUUCCGAACUACACUACAAAAUCCCACACACUUUUCUCUCUUUUUUUGACACACAGAACACGCACUAGCAUUGUUUCUUUCUUCCUAUAAAUUUCUGCCUUUGCAUGCGGCACUGCUCCCACUCGCAGCAGCCAUGCAAGUGAAAGUCUCAGCUCUUCUCCUCAUUUUCUACACCUUCACUCUCCACUCAAAUCACAUCUCUCUUGCUCUGAAUCAAGAGGGUGUCUACCUGCAGAAAGUGAAGCUCUCACUCUCCGACCCCGCCGGCUUCCUCUCCGGCUGGUCCGACCGCGACGCCACCCCCUGUAACUGGACAGGAAUCACCUGCAACCAUGACAACUCCGUCGUGUCGGUCGCUCUCCCAAGUGCUUCUCUCUCCGGUCCUUUUCCAAUCUUUCUCUGCCGCUUGCCUUCUCUAUCUACACUCUCUCUCUCUUCCAACUCCAUCAACUCUUCGCUUCCUCUCUCCAUUUCCUCUUGCCGGAACCUCAGUUACCUUGACCUCUCCCAGAAUUUACUUGUGGGUCCCCUCCCCUCCACUCUCUCCGACCUCCAUUUUCUCAGGUACCUUAACUUAGAGGGCAACAACUUUUCUGGCGAAAUUCCGGCGAGUUUUGGGAACUUUCGGCAACUCGAAAGUCUUCUGCUCACUGAGAAUUUGCUAAACGGCACUAUUCCCGCGGCUCUGGGUAACAUAAGAAGUCUGAAAAGCCUGGUCCUGGCUUACAACCCUUUUACGCCAGGCCAACUAGCUCCAGAACUUGGUAAUUUAACCAACUUGGAAGAGCUGUGGCUCACUGAAUGCCAUCUCGUCGGCCCUAUUCCAGAGAGUUUUGGCGGGCUGAUUCGACUCAAGAAUCUCGACGUGUCGAAUAAUGGACUAACUGGACCAAUACCAAGUCAGAUUUCUCAUCUCAAGAGCAUUGUGCAAAUGGAGCUGUACAACAACUCGUUUUCUGGGACAUUGCCCGCAGGAUGGUUUAAUUUGACGGAGUUGAGAAGAUUUGAUGCAUCCAUGAACGGGUUGACAGGGAUGAUUCCUCAUGAGUUGUGUGAGUUGCCCCUGGAAUCCCUCAACUUAUAUGAGAACCAACUGGAGGGCUUGAUCCCGGAGAGCAUUGCCAAGUCUCCGAAUUUGUAUGAGCUCAAAUUAUUUGGAAAUAGGCUCACUGGAUCAUUACCUAGUGAACUUGGCAAGAACUCGGCUUUGCAAACAUUGGACGUAUCAGACUGUACUCUUUCGGGUCGAAUUCCUGAGUUUUUAUGCCAGAGUGGGGCUCUUCAGGAGUUGGUUCUGUUAAACAAUGCUUUUUCAGGGCCUAUUCCUGCGAAUCUUGCAAAAUGCCAGACAUUAAGACGUGUUCGUUUGAGCAGCAACAGGCUCUACGGGGAAGUUCCAGAGGAGUUCUGGGGCUUGCCACAAGUUUACUUGCUUGAUCUCUAUGGAAAUGCCUUUUCAGGAAACAUCUCCCAUUUGAUUUAUGGUGCAAGAAACCUCUCUACCCUCAAAAUCUCGAAGAACAAAUUUUCUGGGAGUAUACCAAGUGAAGUUGGAUCAUUACAUACUCUGGUUGAGUUCUGGGCAGACGGUAAUGAGCUUAGUGGAGAAAUCCCUACUGCCAUACUGAACUUGUGGCAGCUUGAGAUUCUUGAUCUCAGUAACAAUGAUCUUUCUGGUGGAAUUCCUAUGGGAAUUCAAUCCAUGAAGCAGCUGAAUGAGCUUAAUUUGGCUAACAACAGGUUAUCUGGUCAUAUACCUGAUGAAAUUGGGAACUUGCCUGUGCUGAAUUACCUUGAUCUUUCUCAGAAUAACUUUUCCGGGGGAGUUCCACUGUCCUUGCAGAAUUUGAAGCUCAAUAAACUAAACUUGUCGAGCAAUAUGCUUACAGGGGAUAUACCUCCUUUAUUUGCUAAUGCAGUUUAUAGAGAUAGCUUUCUUGGAAAUUCUGGACUAUGUGUCAGUGACUCUGGAUCAUGCAAUCGGGGAGCAGGAAAAAGAAGUUUAGUCUUUUCGUGGGUGCUAAAGUCUGUUUUUGUUAUCGCUGGAAUCGUUUUUCUUGUUGGUGUUGUUUGGUUUCUGUUGAAGUACAAGAGACUCAAGAAAAUGAAGAAAGGAGUCGCUAUAACCAAGUGGACAUCGUUCCAUAAACUGGGCUUCAGUGAAUUUGAAAUCAGUGAUUGCCUCAAAGAGGCUAAUGUGAUCGGGAAGGGAGCCUCCGGCAAAGUGUAUAAAGUUGUUAUCAGCAACGGGGAGACGGUCGCUGUGAAGAAGCUGCAUGAAAGACCAAAGAAAGAUGAAAACAACUUUAUGAGCGUCGAUUCUGAUACGGGUGAAUAUGAAGUGGAAGUUGAGACGCUCGGGAAGAUCAGACACAAGAAUAUUGUGAGAUUAUGGUGCUGUUGCAACACGGGAAAUCGCAAGCUUCUUGUAUAUGAGUACAUGCCUAAUGGGAGCUUAGGCGAUUUGUUGCAAAGUAAUAAGAGUAAAUUGUUAGAUUGGCCGACGAGGUUUAAGAUUGCUUUAGAUGCUGCUGAGGGACUCUCGUACUUGCAUCACGAUUCCGUUCCUCCGAUUGUGCACAGGGAUGUGAAAUCAAAUAAUAUACUGCUGGAUGAAGAUUUUGGAGCUAAAAUUUCUGAUUUUGGAGUUGCCAAAGUUGUUAAAGCAGUCAACAAAGGCAUCGAAUCCAUGUCUGUUAUUGCUGGCUCCUGCGGUUAUAUCGCCCCAGAAUACGCCUACACUCUUCGCGUGAACGAAAAGAGUGACAUAUACAGCUUUGGCAUAGUCAUCCUUGAGCUUGUGACUGGAAAAUCUCCAAUCGACCCAGAGUUCGGGGAGAAAGGCUUAGCGACUUGGGUAUGCACGACCUUGGACCGCAAAGGAGUCGAUCACGUGCUCGAUCCUGAGCUAGAAUCAACAUUCAAAGAACACAUUUGUAAGGUUCUUGACAUCGGGCUGCUCUGCACUAGUUCCCUCCCAAUCAACCGUCCUUCAAUGCGCAGAGUGGUCAAUAUGCUGCAGGAAUUGAGUGUUACCAUGCCUGGUCUGCAAGAAAAGGAUGGUAAAAUAUUCCCUUCACUUUGAAAAAUUAGGCUGAGAAGCUUAUGAUUGAGAAAUGUUAGAUUAAGAAAGAAAGGGAAAGUCCAGUUUGGUGGCCUUUUGAAUUUGAAUGAUUGAUUCCAGGAGGGAAAUGUCACAGUUGCUGAGGGUUGCUGUCUGUUAGGCAUGGAAGAAUAUAGCAAAAAACUACUGUUAUUUCAUGUGUAUUUCAUAUAGCAAUUUCAAAUUCCAGUUAAAAAGAAUUUUUAAUUCCAAUUGAAAGGCCACGGAUUGAAUUUUCUAUUCUAAAUUAUGUUUUAUUUUCACUAUUGAAAGGCCAAUGUGUAUGCAAAUGUCGCAAUUGUGAUUUGAGCAUGAAAGCUGACUGACC